UUUAACUUUUACCAUUUUUAGAUUAACCCGAGUUUCCUAGAGAAAAAUUAGAUGUACACGUGUACCACCGUGUUAAUCUACAUUUGAUCAUUACAUUAGGCAACUUUGCUAAACUUUGUUAUUCAGACAUGUAAAAAUGCACGAAAUAAGUAGUUCCUGAUAAAUGGUCAUUUAGAUCAUUUUCCAGCACUGUACAGAAAUGGAGACUGGACACCAAUCUCUAGCAUUAGAGAUUCUGAUUCGUAUAAUUCUCAUUGUUACAUUUCAUUUAACAGAUGAUGCCGUUCCAUACUUUAGGAAGAUUCAGAAAGAAGAGCAAUGGCUAUAUAGAUACCCUAGGACCCCCAGCUUCUACCCGGGAUAUAUACUAUGGGUGACGGUGUUGACAGUGCCUGUGAUGAUGGUCCUGAUUUUCUUCCUACUCCGGCGAGACAGAGUGGACGCCAAGCAAGCUCUCCUGUGUGCAUCCCUGGCCAUUUUUCUGACUGGGUGUGUCACCAAUUUCAUCAAGCUGGGAGUAGGAAGACCUCGGCCGGAUUUCUUGGAGCGGUGUUUUCCUAAUGGACAGAUUCGUGACGAUAUGAAUUGUACGGGGAGAGCUAAGGACGUCAUUCAGGGCUACAAGAGCUUCCCCAGCGGACAUUCCUCUUUUGCUUUUUCCAGUCUGGGAUUCACGGCCCUGUACUUUGCUGGUAAACUUCACAUUUUCAACAGGAAUGGUCACGGGAAUUCCCUAAAGAUCUGUCUGUUUGUCUCUCUGCUGAUCUGGGCCACAAUGAUAGCUGUGUCAAGGACAGCAGACUUUCAUCAUCACUGGCAAGAUGUGACAGUAGGCAGUCUCCUUGGGAUGACCUUGACCUACUUUUGUUACCGCCAGUAUUACCCAGCUCUGUCACGGUCGGUGUCUCACCUGCCGUAUAUUUCGUUGCCCUCAGAGCGUGAUCUCAUUCCUACGUCACCUGAACACAUGAUAAAUAAAGUUGACCACGUGGACUCACUCUUAAAAAUGGUACAAAGCUCUCUUAUGGACCCCUGUGUUCUCAUUACCACUGAUGAUUACUACCGCGUGCCAACCAUAUCAGGUGUCUUAGCCAAUCAGCAGUCUUACUAUCAUACGGGACCUUCCUUCGGUUUGGAGGAAGAUCUUCCCAUUCCCGAUUUCAACCAUCUUCCAUCGAGCCUGGAGGAAGAAGAUAACAACAACCACACCAAUACCCUAAGGUCCGCGAUCUUCCAGAAGAUCCUCAACAGCUACCCACAACUCAACAGGAAACUGAAGAGGAGUCACCAUGUCGCGAAGAAGUUCCAGCAGACGCCAAGCAACCUGUCCGACUGUGUUUACCAGACUUCGCUGACCCCUGACACUACUGAUGAUGGCACCUUUAGUGACCUGGCGUCUAGCAUCAUGGAUGACGAGUUUGACGGCGGAUACUGCAGCUUCAGUGACAACGCCUCUGUGAAUUCCAGUGGAUCGUUCUCUCCAAAUUCCUCCGCGGUUGAGCUUUUGCAACAAAAACUUCUCUGUGACGUCGAUGUGAAAACCGAGUGUUCGAAGUUCGAAGAUGUGUGCUCCAAUUUGGACAAGAUAAGCAAAACGUGUGACGAAACGACGAAACCAGUUACCUAUGUUGUCAAGUCGAUGGCCAAACCAGCUAAAUACCAGUGCAACGUCUGUGGGAAAAUCUACAAAGGAAACACAAAUCUCAACUACCAUAUGGCGACCCACACUGGAGUCCGUCCUCACAAGUGUUCCGUCUGCGGGAAAGCCUUUACUCAGAAGUCCACACUGCGUACCCACUUCCGGAUCCACACUGGCGAAAAACCGUACAAAUGCAGGACCUGUGUGCGCGCAUUCGCCGACUACUCCACGUGUAUGAAGCAUGAGCGUACCCACAGCGGUGAGAAGCCUUACGCAUGCCCAGUGUGCGGGAAGUGUUUUGCGCAGUCCGGAAACAUGCUGCGUCACCGCCAGACACACAAGAAGAACUGAUUAAAGUGCUCACAUUUUAAUACUCCAAACACACAG